AUGGUUUUGAAUAAGGUGUACCUUCUCACCAUCCUGCUGCCAAACGAGGAUGACGAUUACUUGGGCAAAUUAAUCAACAUUUCGAAGAAGAUAACACAAUACGCGCGAAACAAUAAGGGGAAAAUUGCCAAGGUGUUAGCUACAUCAGCUCUUUCAGCCUACUCACUCAAUUGGGUAUACCAGUCCGGCGUCACACUGCAGAGGGACCCACACUACUCCUUGUUUGUCCCCUCCAACAGCUACAUAAACAGUGCCAUUAAAAGGGUUAAGAAAAAUUAUCAAGUGAAAAAAUACACAUUUAAGGAGAAGAAAAUUUUCGAAAGGAAUUUCCACCUCAACAAUGCCAUAUCCCAAAUGGGACAAAUGUACGUUGUGAACAAUUUGGUCAAUUUUUUAAAUUUUUUGCCCUACAAGUGGAGAACAAAAUGUACAUACAAUUUUUGCAAAUAUAAAGAAUUUGAAAAUGUCGAAAAUUUUUUUGACUACAUCAAAAUGGUGAAGCAUGAAGGGCCCAUUUUGCUCUUCCAGGGGAAAUUAAAAAAACAGUAUUGGAUACAUUUGCCACUAAAAUAUGAAAUUUUAAAACCAGGGGACGGUUCUCUCUGCACACUUACAUUUACCCCGUUGCACAAAUAUUAUUCUGAUUACACUGUUGAGAUAAAACUGGUGAAAGAGAAGGAAAAUAAUAACGUAAAGUUGAUCACCUCUGUUAAGUGUAAUAGCAAAAAUGGGGAGGAGGGAAACUCCUUCUACAUAAAUGUGGUUAAAAAUAUUGCCAUGCUUUUAACGUAUGACAUUUUUGAAGGAAUAAAUAACAACAUUCAUGUGGUGUACAGACGGAAUGCAAGCUGUGGAAAAAGCAUGUUUACCAGAUCGAAUGCCAUUUUAAAAAGGAAAAAAAAAACAACUCUUCAGUUCGUCCUCUCGCCGGUCAGCACCCCGUGGAGUUUUAAAAUGCGGCGGAGUUAA